CCGCCACCGCUGCCGCAGCCAAUGCUGCCAUCGAGUGCGCCGCCGCCGCCGCCGCCGCCAACGCCGCCGCCGCCAACACCAUUUAAUGAUUGGUGUCAGGAGGCCACGCCGUCCUCGUCUAACCAGCUCGUGGUCUUGGAGGACCCGACCGGUGGAAACAUCCAGAGGGCAAGCAAGGGCAAGGUCGACACACUACACGUCGAACGGGGCGGUGUCACUGAACCGGCUGCGCUAUUAGUAGAGGCGAUUUGCGUGGUGUGUGUGUAUUAGACUAUAGUUCUGUACCCAAUUCUGUUCCCCGAGCGCGGUUAUGUUGCUGUGCUAUCGAUUGUGGCGCGUGAUGGUGGAAGGCCUGCAUGGGGCAGUAACUCGGCAUGUCUUUGUAUCCGCUUCUAUGCAUACCACCGGUAACCCAUUGGAACCCGUUGGGCUCGUGCGCACACGUGCGGGAAGUUAACAGAACAUCGAGUAGGAUAACGUGUUAGGUUUAACUGCUGUCUGUUAUACAAGUUCCAACGAACGUGCCUGACAUGUCGUUUUCGGGCCGGCCAAGCAUGUUCUAAUUUGA